AAUGUCUUGGCAAUUCUUCAUAAUUUAUGUGUCUGGGUAAAAUCUGUGGAUAAUGAUCACCUUUCCAGUAGUGUACAUUGGCACAUUCGAUCUCCGCUAGUGCGGGUAUACAUGAGAAAAGCAGCAGCAUCUGAAACAUGAAAACUUUUGCAGGCAAGAUGUGCACCAUAUGGGCAGGAAAGGUUCCCAGGGUACUGAUAUGGGAUUCGGAGAUGGUGAAAGAGGUCUUUUCAGAAAAAACCAAUCAGAUCAGAAAACCCCCGCUUAAUCCUCUGAUAAGUAUCCUGGCCCAGGGGGUGGCGAGCCUCGAAGGCGAGGAAUGGGCUAAGAGGAGGAAAACAAUUACGCCAGCCUUCCAUCUGGAGAAACUGAAGAGGAUGGUGCCAGCUUUUGCAACUAGCUGCAAAGAUUUGAUAAAGAUAUGGGACGGGUUAGUUGGCACUCAAGGGUCCUGUGAAGUUGAUGUAAGCCCUGAGUUCCAAAAUCUCACGGGGGAUGUCAUUUCACGAACUGCCUUCGGAAGUAGCUUCGAAGAAGGGAAGAGGAUUUUCGAACUACAAAAGGAACAAGCUGAACUGGCCAUUGAAGCUGCCCGUGUACCUUAUAUUCCAGGAUACAGAUUCAUCCCAACAGCAAAGAACAGAAGAAGGAUGUGGAUAUACAGAGAAAUCAGGACUAUCUUAAGAGAGAUGAUAGAUAAGAAGCUAAAAUACAUUGAAACUGAAGGAUCAGAAAGUGGAGAUUUACUAGGAUUACUCCUGCAGUCCACAAGUGGUGACGAUAAAAAGUAUGAAAUCAAGAUUGAAGAUGUGAUUGAAGAAUGCAAGUUGUUCUAUUUUGCAGGUCAAGAGACAACAUCGACGUUGCUCACCUGGACAAUGAUUCUUUUGUCGUUGCAUCCCGUCUGGCAGCAGAGAGCUCGCGAAGAAGUUCAGAAAACCUGCGGGAAGAAUACACCGAAUAUGGAAUCCAUAAACGAGCUUAAAAUUGUAACCAUGAUACUUCAUGAAGUUUUAAGACUAUACCCACCUAUUACUUUUCUAGUACGCCAUGCUUACAAGGAAACAAAGCUAGGAGAGUUUUGCUUCCCUGCUGGUGUAGAUUUUGGUCUUCCUAUAUUACUCAUACACCAUGAUCGAGAAUUAUGGGGUGACGAUGCAGAGGAAUUUAACCCCGAGAGGUUUUCAGAAGGGAUAUCAAAGGCAACUAAAGGGGGUCAAAAUGCAUUCUAUCCCUUCGGAUGGGGACCGAGGAUAUGUUUAGGACAGAGUUUCGCCAUGAUUGAAGCAAAGAUGGCUCUAGCUAUUAUUCUACAGCACUUCUCCUUUGAGCUCUCACCUUCUUAUUCGCAUGCCCCAUAUACUGUGAUAACUCUCCAGCCACAACAUGGAGCUCAUGUUACCCUACGUCGACUAUAGAUUUUAAACAGAAGAUUUUAUGUGGUUUUUGGUUAGGUCCUUACUUUACUUGUACCAAUAAAUAUCGGUAACACACAGAUGUGAAGCUGAUUGCUUGGGAGUUAAUACUCAUUUCUCUUUAUUUUAA